AUGCGCGAUACAGUGAAAGACGGUUCGGCCAAUAGGGAUGACGCAGUCUCUCGAAAGCGGACGAGUAGCAAGGAUGAUGGCGCUCCACCAGCGAAGCGUCGCGUUCUAACUACGGCGCGGAGAGAGCAGAAUCGCCAGGCGCAGAAAGCAUAUAGAGAGCGACAAAAACAAGAGAGGAUACGACUGAAGCAAGAGAAGGCUCAAGCGCAAGCUAGUUGCGGACAGCGCCUGAGACCUCUUCUAAAACGAGAAGAACUCCCAUCGAGAGACUCUUCCGGGCAGCAGAGGUCAAUGAGGGAGAUAAAUUUAUGCGAUGAGGGCUUUCUGGAGACUGUCGACACUUCUGUCAGCACGCCAUCAUCUCAGAACAACUCUGUCAAAAAGCUUGAGCCGAACUUUCCAGACCUUUACAUGAACAUGCUUCAAUUCUCACCAGCAGCCAUCUUCACAUCAUGCCUCACCAAUGCAGUCUCACUCGGUCUAGACCCUUCCGUCAUCGCAAACUGCGGCGUAGAACACAUCUCACCAUUCUAUCAACCCAACCUCUCAAUUACCCUUGAUCACGCAACCCUCAUACAAGCAGGCUCAAAUAUCCUCUCAACAUUUAACAACACCAGUAUCCCCGUUCACCUCCGCCCAACAAUGGCGCAAAUCCUCAUCCCGCACCACACAAGCCUUGAUCUAAUCCCUCUUCCCUUUCUCCGCGAGCGAGCAAUCAUGCUAUCAGCAGCAAUGCCCCAUGUCUUUAACAACUGGGAACUUAAGCUAGAUAUAUACGAGCGAGGAGGUUUGACGAUAUGGCGACUGAAGCAUGAGAAGGGUGAGAGUGUGAGGGAUACCUAUCCGCCCUGGGAUAUGAAAAGCUGGGAAGCUUCACCGUGGUUCUUGAAGAAGUGGUGUAUGCUUAUGGGGAGGGAGUAUGAUAAAAUGCAUAAUCAGAGCAUUGGAUGGCAGGUUGUCAGGGACAUGAUAAGUUCGAGGGAUAUACAGCGAUUGACAACUAGUUAA